AUGAUUCGGCGCUCGAGCCGCCCAAAAUCCCCUUUCCAUAAGCUCAUAUCUUACCCUUUCCUGCUCCGCUCGCCUCCCGGCUCGCAUUAUCCACUCGCGAAGCCCCUCGUGAUCCUCUCGCAUCCCCCCGCUCUCCUCCCGCUUACCCGCGCGGCCUCCACACAUCUCCCCGCGCGCACGACUCUCGCCUCCAAACGCGGCCUCCUCCCGUUUCCACUCGCAGCCUCCUCUCGCCUCAACGCGCGGCCUCCUCUCGCCUCCACGCGCCGCCUCUUCUCGCCUUGCCGCGCGUCCUCCCCUUGCCUCCCCGCGCUCUCCUCUUGCCUCCCCGCGCGUGCGACCAUCGCCUCCCCGCGCGGCCUCCUCUCGCCUCCACUCGUACGCCCUCGUUUUCCUUCCCUGCUUGCCCACGUUUCCCCACCUUGCACACCCUCAUUUUCUCCCUUGUACGCCUUAUUUUCCCCCUUGCACGAUCGCAUUUCCCCGCCUGCUUGCCGUCAAUUCUCCCCUGCUUGCCCUCAAUUCUCCCCUGCUUGCCCUCAAAUCUCCCCUGCUUGCCCUCAAUUCUCCCCCGCUUUCCAUCAAUUCGAACCCUGCUUGCCCUCAUUUGUCCCCUUCUCCUCCUCCCGCCAUGCCUUCUCCCCCUCCCGCCACCCCCUCUCCUCCACUCACCACGCCUUCUCCUCCUCUCGCCAUGCCUUCCCCUCCUCUCACCACCCCCUCUCCUCCUCCCACCAAGCCUUCUCCUCCUCCCGCCACCCCCACUCCUCCUCCUGCCACGCCUUCUCCUCCUCCCCCAGGCCUUUUCCUCCCACCAUGCCUUCUCCUCCUCCCGCCACCCCCACUCCUCCUCUCACCACGCCUUCUCCUCCUCCUGCCAUGCCUUCUCCUCCUCCCACCAUGCCAUCGCCUCCUCCCGCCACCCCCACUCCUCUCACCAUGCCUUCUCAUCCUCCCACCAUGCCUUCUCCUCCUCCCGCCACCCCCUUUCCUCCACUCACCACGCCUUCUCCUCCUCUCGCCUUGCCUUCCCCUCCUCCCACCAAGCCUUCUCCUCCUCCCGCCAACCCCAUUCCUCCUCUCACCACGCCUUCUCCUCCUCCCGCCACCCCCUCUCAUCCUCUCACCAUGCCUUCUCCUCCUCCCACCAUGCCUUCUCCUCCUCCCGCCACCCCCUCUCCUCCUCCCACCAUGACUUCUCCUCCUCCCCCCACCGCCUCUCCUCCUCCUCCCACCAUGCCUUGUCCUCGUCUCGCCACCCCCUCUCCUCCCCCCACCAUGCCUUCUCCUCCUCCCACCAUGCCUUCUCCUCCUCCCGCCACCGCCUCUCCUCCUCCUCCCACCAUGCUUUCUCCUCCUCCUGCCACGCCUGCUCCUCCUCCCGCCACCGCCUCUCCUCCUCCCACCAUGCCAUCACCUCCUCCCGCCACCCCCACUCCUCCUCUCACCAUGCCUUCUCCUCCCACCAUGCCUUCUCCUCCUCCCGCCACCCCCUCUCCUCCUCCCACCAAGCCUUCUCCUCCUCCCGCCAACCCCUCUCCUCCUGCCCCUCGCCCACUCCCCCAAUCCAUCGCUGCCCUCCCCCUGCCCAUCACCCUCUCCCCCUAA